GCCGCUUCCUCAGACGGCCGCGGGCGGCUCGGGCCGGGCUCGGGGCCGUGUCGGUGCCGGCCCAGCGGGACUCGGGCUCGGUGCCCCUCGCUCCGGGGCCCUGCCGGUGCCGGUGCCGGCCCAGCGGGACUCGGGCUCGGUGCCCCUCGCUCCGGGGCCCUGCCGGUGCCGGUGCCGGCCCAGCGGGACUCGGGCUCGGUGCCCCUCGCUCCGGGGCCCUGCCGGUGCCGGUGCCAGCCCAGCGGGACUCGGGCUCGGUGCCCCUCGCUCCGGGGCCCUGCCGGUGCCGGUGCCGGCCCAGCGGGAUUCGGGCUCGGUGCCCCUCGCUCCGGGGCCCUGCCGGUGCCGGUGCCCCUCGUCGUGGGCUCCCUCUCGGUGCCGACCCAGCCCUCAGCAUGUCCCAGGCCACUUACGUCAAGCUGUGGGCAGACACACAGAGGGAGCUGGACAUCAUGCUCCAGAGAGAAAGAGAGGAGUUCUUCCAGCCAGUGGAGGACCGUGAGAAGGUGAUGAUGAUGUUGGCCACUGCCUACAUCCAAUACCUGGAAAUCUUCCGUAAGCUGGAGGAGGCCCACGACCACCUCAUCCACCAGCAGAAGCGGGCGGCGGUUCGGCAAGUUCUGGAUGGGGUCAUUGGCCGCAUCCUGGAGAUCAAGAAAGAGAUGGUGGCCCUGGAGAAGUCAGAGUGUCACCACAUGGAUGACAUCCUGAUGGAUCUACAGCGUGUCCCGGAAGACAUAGACAUACCCAUCCCAAAGUAUUUCAUUAAAGAAAACCUGAGCAUCCUGCAGGACAGGGAGAAAUUCCUGGAUGAGAUUUUGCUGAAUGCUGGUUUGCUAGAACAGGAACCUGUCACGGCCAUGACACUUGAAGAAGGCAUUAAAGUGGUCCAGGUGGCAGAACGGGCUCGCCAAGGCCGUGCUCGAGCAGCAUUCAUGAAGAGAAUUUACCUUGAAGAGAAAAGACAAAGUCAAAAAGAGGCUCAAGAGAUGGGUAAAAAUCCAGAUGAUGCUGCCACUUGCAUUCAAAAGGUUUGGCGUGGGUACCGCCAGCGCAAGGAAACAGAGAAACUGAGAGAGGAGGAAAUGGUGUUUCUGGGCAUGAGCCUGCCUCCUGACUUGGAGGCAAUGAGCAGUUUGCAGAUAGGUGCUGGGAAGGCAAAUGUCCUUCAAGGUGAAGUCCAGGAGAGAGAGGAGCCAUCCUUCAGGCAAGAGCUGAGACAAACAGAGGGGUCCCACAUCAAGGAAACCCUCCAGGACCAGAUCAGCCAGUGCUUCAUCGAGUGCCGGCAUAUCACGGGCAGGUUUCCUGACUAUCCCCCUGAGAACACAGGUGGUUCCAAGGCUAUUUUUAUCGAAAAGCAUCCAGAGCAGGUGGCUGAAGAACUGGCUGCCAAAAGGGAGGCAGAGAAAAAAGAAAAGGAGAAGAAUGGAAAAGAAGAAAAGGAAAGGCCAGCAGUAAAAAAGCCACCAAAAGUUGGAAAGCAAAUAGUGGAUGAAAGCUGGAAAAUGGGUCCAAGCAAUUUCCUUUCGAUACUGGAGGAAGGAAGCUCUCAGUACAAAGUCUUUUGGGAGAACAGAGAUAACAGAUCGGAUUUUCUCCAGGAUCACGACCCGGAGCUGAUCAAAGAAGGGGAACGGGAAGAAGUGGAGGACGAGAUCAGAGUGCAGGUCGAUGAAGUGAUGCAAGAGAAACUGCUGAAACUCAAACAGGCUGUGGAUGGAGAGACAGGUGCCAGACAGAGUAAAGCUGGGAAAGGUGAAAAGGGAAACAAGGCACCCGGGAAGAGAAGGAUACCCGAGCUGGAGAGAGAUCAUACUCCUGACAGGACCAUUGAUUCCCUGUACCAGGAACUUGCAGAAGCAGGAUUGCUCAUCAAAGUCAAGAAUGUGAAUCUCUCUGACUACAUUGGCUACUACGACUGUCUGAGGAACAUCCCUCGCCAGGCAGGUGCCCAGCCCAUGCCCUCGAUCCCAGAAGUGAGACAGCUCGUGGCACUCUAUGGAAUACUGCCCUUGGGUUCCCAAACCGUCCAUGAGAAUGCUCCUUUGGUGAAAUCCCUGCUGCUGGCGGGACCCGCUGGUGUUGGAAAGAAAAUGUUGGUCCAUGCCAUCUGCACAGAAACAGGAGCCAACCUCUUCAACCUCACACCCUCCAACAUUGUUGGGAAAUAUCCAGGCAGGGAUGGCCUGCUGAUGAUGCUUCACAUGAUCCUCAAGGUGGGCAAGGAAUUGCAGCCUUCGGUCGUGUGGAUUGGAGGCACAGAGAGAUUAUAUUCCAAAGGGACACCAAAGGGAGAGGAAGAGAUGAACGCCAAACGCCUGGCAAGGAUGCUGCCCCCGUUCCUGAGGGCUCUGAAACCCAAGGACAGGGUGCUGCUCGUGGGGACCACUGCCAGGCCCUUCGAUGCCAACCUGGGACCUUUCUGCAAAGUCUUCCAGAAAAUCAUUCUCGUUCCUAAGCCCGACUACCUGACAAGAUGUGCACUGUGGAAGCACUACAUCCUGCAGAGCGGCGGGGCCCUCACCAAGCUGGUGAACAUGAACUGCCUGGCCCACGUGUCAGAUGGCUUCACCCAGGGACACAUCGUGGACACAGUGCAGACUGUCCUGAACGAGCUGAGGCUGCUGCAGAUGCCCAGGAAGCCACUGAGGACUGCUGAGUUUGUCACUUCUCUGGCCAGACACGACCCGGUGUACAAAGAGGAGGAAGAAACAUUCCAGGCCUGGUAUGCCAAGACCCCUUUGGGGAAAGCGUGGAGCGCAGCACUGGCAGCAAAGGAAGCAGAAAAAGAAAAAGGAAAGAAAGGAAAAGGGAAAAAGUAACUUCCUCAAGGAUUUUUCACCUGGCCAUAGCAGUCACGGCUCUACUUCACUGCAAAGGCAUGGCAGAUUAAUGCUCCUCAAGUUAUAGGUAUUCCAGGGAAGAGAUUUCCUCUCUGAAUGGAUUUUUACAAGUUAAAAAAAAAAAAAACCCCAUCAGAUGAGAUGUAACAUGUAGCUCUCAGAGGAUAAAGAGUUAAUGACCACUGACUUGCUCAAGCAUUAUUUAUUCCAGGAGAUUUUAGGGGGCAGAAGGGUUCAUUACUCAGGCCUGUAACAUGCCAUCAACUUUUAGGCCAUACUCAUUUAUUUCGGCAAGUAACUCUCCUUAAAAAUUGAUGUCACUUUCAUGCCUUUCAUUACUUUAAUAUCCUAUAUGCUUUAUAAAACUAACUGCUUUAUGUAUCUGUGGGUCUAAAGCGUUACAGUCCUCAAUAAAACGAUUACAGCCAUAAAGACUGCUUUUUAAUUGGGAUGGGUCAAGAGGCACUUUGUGCAAUCCACCACAAGCUGAAUAUUUACCCAGCUGCACGAGGAACAGCACUUGCACCUUUUGAGGCCUUAGCAUGAACACAUUCAUAUCUGUGGGUGUCAGCAGAGAAAAGCAAAGCAGCCAGGU